UCCUUUGCGCUGAUUCGUCGAUCUGUGUGGUGGUCGCACAGGCGCUCCGCUAUUGGUUUCCUGGGCUGGUACCCGCUGUGCCGAUUGGCUGAUCUCAUACUCGCGGUCACCUUUGCUCAGCCUUCCUGCUGCCCUCCGCCAAGGGCCGGUGACAAGCGGCAGUCCCCUCUCCCCUGAGCAUGGCGGCGCCCCAGGGGCAGCGCAACGCUUGGCAGAAGAGCUCACAACGUGGCGUGGAGGCCUCCCCGGGAGCCGGCGGCCGCCAACGGCACUGACGAGGCCCAGCCAGACAGGUCAUGUAGCAGAGCAGGUAUGCUGUGAAGAUGGGAAUUCUGGUGUUCAUGAGGAACCUGCUGCUUGCCCUCUGCCUCUUCCUGGUGCUGGGCUUUCUCUAUUACUCCGCAUGGAAGCUGCACCUCCUGCGCUGGGAAGACUCCCAUACAGUGCUACAUGCCUUUGACUCCGGUGGACACAAAUUAGGCCCAGGACGGAGAGAGAGGAAAUCCGGGAUCCUGCUCCUGCCCUCAGCCUCCCCUCCGAAUACUGCUGCAGGCAGAAUCCAGAACGAGCCCAAAGACCCCGGGGUCGGAGCCGUACCAUCGAAACUAAAAUAUGACCGUCUCGGCUUUCUGGUUAAAUUGGACUCUAAAAUACCAGCAGAACUUGCAACGAGGUACGCAAAUUUCACUGACGGCGUCUGCAAGCCGGGCUAUGCUUCUUCUCUGAUGGCUGCCAUUUUCCCAAAGUUCUCCAAACCCGCUCCAAUGUUUCUUGAUGACUCCUUCAGAAAAUGGGCAAAGAUUCGGGAAUAUGUCCCUCCUUUCGGAAUAAAAGGACAAGAUAACCUCAUUAAAGCGAUUUUGUCCGCCACGAAAGAAUACCGCCUGACACCUGCGCUUGACAGCUUAAACUGUCGGCGAUGCAUUAUCGUGGGGAACGGAGGCAUUCUCGCCAACAAGUCUCUGGGAUCUAAAAUCGAUGAGUUCGAAGUUGUUGUCAGGUUGAAUUCGGCUCCAGUUAAGGGUUUCGAGAAAGACGUAGGAAGCAAAACAACUCUGAGAAUCACAUAUCCGGAGGGCGCGAUCCAGAAACUCGAACAGUACGAGAGAGAUUCCCUUUUCGUCUUAGCUGGAUUUAAGUGGCAAGAUUUCAAAUGGCUGAAGUACAUUGUUUACAAGGAGAAAGUGAGUGCAUCUGAUGGAUUCUGGAAGUCGGUAGCCACUCGCGUCCCUCGUGAGCCACACGAGAUUCGUAUCCUCAACCCGUACUUCAUUCAGGAGGCAGCGUUCAGCUUCAUUGGGUUACCCUUUAACAACGGACUGAUGGGACGAGGGAACAUUCCAACUCUGGGCAGCGUGGCCAUCACCAUGGCACUCCACAACUGUGAUGAGGUGGCAGUGGCGGGAUUUGGAUACGACAUGAACCUUCCCAACGCUCCUCUCCAUUACUAUGAAACCAUCAAGAUGGCAGCCAUUAAAGAGUCUUGGACUCACAACAUCCAGAAGGAGAAGGAGUUCUUGAGGAAGCUGGUGAAAGCCCGCGUAAUAAACGACCUCACUAGCGGCAUCUGAGGGCAGGCGCAUAAGCUAACGUUCGAGCAACUCGGAGCUGAGGAUGAACACUAAGCGUUUCCUGAGCUGGUCUUCAGGUUUCUGAAGGAGGAAGAACAGACAGGGGUUUGCAUGCCCUUCCACGAGACAGCUGGGUACUACACUCAGGCACGAGGCCAUGGGGAUGAGUGGUGGAGAAGCUGUCCAGCACUAUUGUUCAAGAACUCUUUUUUUUUUGCUGGAAACUAUUUGCCGUGCCAAACGCACCUCGCAGUUCAGAAUGUGAGGUGCACCUGGUACAACGUAUGCAUUUUGAAUGUAUAAAGUAUUAUUUUCAUUACAAGCAUGGGGCUGUUCUGGUCAGGACACAGAGAUGUGGAUUAAAAGAAAAAAAGAACACUAACGUCCGCGUAGAAAUGCACCUGCAUACAUAUCUCUGCUCUCCGCAGAAUCCUUCCUUUGUGAAUCGAUAGGACCUAAUGACCGUCCAGGGUUUGGGGGGGGAUAGUCGGUGCUGCUAUUACGUAGAUGGGCUACUUUUUGUUCUGUCUGUUUUGAAAAGUGUUUUCAAAUGUUCAAUGGGGUGGGGGAUUUUUUUUUGGGGGGGGGGCUGAUAACGUUUAAAGAUCCGGGAUCAGUGUUAUGACCUCGCCGUCGAUCAGUGUUUUUAAACACUUGCAACCCGGA